CUCUCCCUGGAAAGUGUUUGGGAAAUCCCAGUAUCUACAUGUCAAGAGAAACAUUAGAUGGCUAGACGCUCAGCUUGAAUGUCUAAAACUUGGGGCAAAAUUAGCAGAAAUAGAGACCUUGGAAGAAAACAUCUUUCUAAAGAACAUGACAAGGGAAAAUGCUUAUGGCGACACAUUAAUCGGAGGGACAGAUGCCUACUCACAGCACAGAUGGAGAUGGUCAACAACAUUUAAAGCAGUGACGUACACUGACUGGGCACCGAACAAGCCUGAUUUCUCGGAAGGCGAUGAAUGUAUGUCUUUAACUGCUAGGUUUGACAUGUCGUGGGAUGAUUGGCAAUGUGAUCGAUAUCAAGAAUCCUUCAUGUGUGAGCGGUUAAUUGAAUGAACGAAAAAAAAGAAGAAAAUUAACAAGAACUUGUUUGUAUGAACCUAGCUAGGAAGAUCUAUAUUGUCUGUAAAUUUUGUUUAUUUUAAUAUACAUUUGUCGGAUCAGAUCUUCAAUGUAAUCAAAAGCUGAAAAAUUUAAUCUGUGCACACACUAACUUUAGUUUACUCAUAUGGAAAUUCCUGAUCUAGAGGUGGUUUCAGAUGUGUAG